AUGGCGCCCAAUCUCUUCCUCUGCGCGCGCACAAUCUUCUGCCCGGUCUACUGGUUCUCAAAGGGCGAUCGGGACAGCACCCUCCAAGAACAACACUGGCAAUCCCCGGUCCCAGGCACCUACAAGUUCCUACCAGGUCGCGGCUGGCAUCUCGUCCACCGGGAUGGACAAGAGAACGAAGAAAAAGUCCCCGCCGCCCUGGUCUACUGCCGCAUCCUCCAUCGAUACAUGUUCGAAACCGAAUUAGACGACCGAUGUCGCUGGUUCGAUGCCCCGCUGCACAAGGGUGGACGUCCGGAAAAGCUGCGCUUCUUCCUCCUCGACGACGGCGUCCACUGGGUCGCUGGCUGGGAUGCCCAUGGCAACUUCAUCCCUGGCCCGUACCCGAAGUGGUGGCUCGAUGAAGAUGGCUACACUAUGCGCCGUGGAGCUUCGCCUCCUACCAGUGCCAAUGUUUCUCGCUGCAGCAGUAUCAUCGGCAAAUUCGACUGA